AUGAACCACAACGACGAGAUCGACAACACUCAGAACAUUAAUUCGAUGGACUUGAUGGACGCCAUAUCCAAAGCAUCCUACCACGGCGUCAACACGAACAAGACGUCGUCUGCAUCUGCUCCUCUCCUCGACGGCCCCAAGAAGAUUGCCGUCAUGACAGUGGCCAAGUCUCUCUCGACAUUCGAGCAGGAAGAAGAAGAAGCUCGUUCCAAGAAACGAUGCAAACCGCGUCGUCAAAGUGGCGCCGAAACGGAAAAUGUCACGCACGACGAUUUUAUUAAAAAGAGACAACAUGCCUUUUUGCCACGGGAUGACAGUAUCGUGCUACUCAAACACCAGACGACCAAUGCCAUUCCCAUGAUUGUCCCACUCGUCACGGCCGAUGACAAAGGCGAACAGCAAGCAGAAAAGCCAUUGGCGCGCAUUCAAAGUCAAAAUAAUCGUCGCAGCAAACCCCGUCGUCUCAGUGGAGAAGCCGUCGAAAAGGAAACUCGUCCCGUUUUGGUCCGAGAAGACAGUUUGCAACUCCUCAAAGAAAAGUUGGCAGGGGAAGUAGUGCCCUUGACUAUUCCCGUGGAUGACUUGGAGGAGAACGAAGAAGACAAGAAACCAGCGGCUCGCAGGACACUUCCCAAACGAAGUCAAACCAUGCAGCCCUCCGCUGUGGCAAGUCCCACCAAGGCAGUACCACGACGAACCAAAAGCCAAAAACAAAAGGGAUUUGUGCGUCAAAACUCCUUGGGACCUCCGUGUGCCUAA